CACAGCGGAGUUGGCCAGCAGCAAGUGCGUUUCCAAACCCGAACAAACUUGUUACCACGUCAAAGUCGAACACCACACCACUAUUAAACAAGCCAACCACAAGCCGUGAAGAAAUUAAAAGGAAAUCAUCAGCAAUAUUGUGUAAUUGAACAAGUCAUAAAAUGUGUGGAAUUUUCGCCUACUUGAACUAUUUGACACCCAAGUCUCGUCAAGAGGUGCUGGACCUGCUGGUGACAGGCUUGAAGCGACUAGAAUACCGAGGCUAUGACUCCACCGGCGUAGCCAUCGAUUCACCAGACAACAAGGAUAUCGUUAUGGUGAAGCGCACUGGCAAGGUCAAGGUGCUGGAGGAUGCCAUUCAAGAACACUUUAGCGGCGGGGAGUAUAGCGAGCCGGUGAACACGCAUGUUGGAAUUGCACAUACCCGUUGGGCCACCCAUGGCGUGCCGUGCGAGCGUAACUCCCAUCCACAACGUUCUGAUGAGGGCAACAGCUUUGUUGUGGUUCACAAUGGCAUCAUCACCAACUAUAACGACGUCAAGACCUUCCUGGCCAAGAAGGGCUAUGAGUUCGAGUCGGACACGGAUACGGAGGUGUUUGCCAAGCUGGUGCAUCACCUGUGGAAGAAACAUCCAAACUACUCGUUCCGUGAGCUGGUGGAGCAGGCCAUACAGCAAGUGGAGGGCGCAUUUGCAAUUGCUGUAAAAUCGAAGCAUUUCCCAGGCGAGUGUGUUGCCUCGCGUCGCAGCUCCCCUCUGCUCGUCGGUAUCAAGACAAAGACCCGCUUGGCCACGGAUCACAUUCCCAUUCUAUACGGCAAAGAUGACAAGAAGCCGAGCUCCGAUCAAGAUGCCGACUCCGGCAAGCCCCAAGAGUUGCGUCCACAUGGACAAACUCGUGAAUUGCCAGUGUUGCCACGCUCGGAGAGCACAUCGGAAUUUAUGCCCCUAGAAGAGAAGGAGGUUGAGUACUUCUUUGCCUCGGAUGCCUCAGCUGUCAUCGAGCAUACGAAUCGUGUCAUCUACUUAGAGGAUGAUGAUGUAGCUGCAGUGAGGGAUGGUACGCUGAGCAUCCAUCGUCUGAAGAAGAGCUUGGAUGAUCCGCAUGCUCGUGAGAUAACCACCCUGAAAAUGGAGAUACAACAGAUCAUGAAGGGCAACUACGACUAUUUUAUGCAGAAGGAGAUCUUUGAGCAGCCCGAGUCUGUUGUCAACACAAUGCGCGGACGCGUCCGCUUCGAUGGCAACGCCAUUGUGCUGGGUGGCAUUAAAGACUUUAUACCAGAGAUAAAACGCUGCCGCCGUCUGAUGCUGAUCGGCUGCGGCACCUCUUACCACAGUGCCGUGGCCACGCGUCAGCUACUGGAGGAGCUGACUGAACUGCCAGUCAUGGUUGAGCUGGCCUCAGACUUCCUUGAUCGCAACACACCUAUAUUCCGUGACGACGUCUGUUUCUUCAUCUCGCAGUCCGGCGAAACGGCAGAUACUUUGAUGGCGUUGCGCUACUGCAAGCAGCGCGGAGCUCUGAUCGUUGGCAUCACCAACACAGUGGGUAGCAGCAUCUGUCGCGAGUCGCACUGCGGCGUCCACAUCAAUGCCGGUCCCGAGAUCGGUGUUGCCUCCACAAAGGCUUAUACAUCGCAGUUUAUCUCGCUGGUUAUGUUCGCGCUGGUCAUGUCCGAGGAUCGUUUGUCCCUGCAGCAGCGUCGCCUGGAGAUUCUGCAGGCACUGUCCAAACUCGCUGAUCAAAUUCGCGAGGUUCUUAAGCUCGACUCCAAGGUGCAGGAGCUGGCCAAGGAUCUCUACCAGCACAAGUCGCUCCUGAUCAUGGGUCGCGGCUACAACUUCGCCACUUGCCUGGAGGGUGCUCUGAAAGUGAAGGAACUGACCUACAUGCACAGCGAGGGCAUAAUGGCCGGAGAGCUGAAGCAUGGUCCACUGGCCCUCGUGGACGGUUCGAUGCCUGUGCUGAUGAUCGUGCUGCGUGAUCCAGUCUACGUCAAGUGCAUGAAUGCCUUGCAGCAAGUCACCUCGCGCAAGGGUUGCCCAGUGAUCAUUUGCGAAGAAGGCGACGAGGAGACAAAGGCCUUUUCGUCUCGCCACCUUGAAAUUCCCCGCACAGUCGACUGUCUUCAAGGCAUCCUUACAGUCAUACCCAUGCAGCUGCUCUCCUACCACAUUGCCGUGCUGCGUGGCUGUGACGUUGACUGUCCGCGCAACUUGGCCAAAUCCGUGACAGUGGAGUAAUCAGACUCAGUUCUGAGUCGGGAUUUUCCGAGUAGUUACCUUAUCUAUAGUGCAUUCGUGCGCACCAUUUCUAUGAAUAUCUCUGUAUGCGUGUACCCAUACUCUCACACACAUGUAUGUACCGAAAUCGAUUCAUACACACAUUUUGAUUUUACGAAUAUUUUUUCACACAUCAAGAUGCAAGCUACUUACUAAAAUUAAAUUGAAUUUGUUU